AGCGAGCAGCUGUGUUGUGUGAAAGUCACUAUCAUACCGCAGCAGCCCCGCCGGGACCUGCGGGAACCAGCACACCCACUUGACAAACAAGCCCCAACUGUUUGCUUAGAAGCGUGAAUAUAUGCCCAGUGGCGCCAGGUAAGCUGUAGAAUUACAAAAUGGUGAGCACAGGACGGAGGUGACUUUCUGCACGACGUGAACUCAGAAAAAAAAGCAGUUCUGGCAGAGGUUCCUACGUUCGUAGUUUGGGAAGGACUCUGACUGGGUGCAGAGAAAAUGGGGCAAAGUACAUCUCAGCCAUUGGCUCCUAAGGGCAGCAAGGAGUUGGUCAACGUCUGUGAGGUGGUCAGCGGAGCUGUGGUGUAUGCAGCGCAGAGGCUGACGGAGUACCUGGGAGUCCAAGACCUUCAGAGCAAUCUCCACCCUGCUCUCAACACACUGAAUGAGAUCUUCCUCAUCCACUUUGUGUCUUACUACCAAGCCAAGGGGGCUGGAGAAUGCCUCACCACCACCAGGAUGAGCGAGCAGCAAGCUUCACUGUUGGGGGCCGACUGGAUUUGGACCUUUUGGGGAACUGAUAAGCAAAUAAGGCUACAGCUGGCGGUCCAGACCCUGCAGCUGGCAGUGCUUCCGCCAGUGGACUCGCAGCCCUCUGACUGCCAUCCAGACUCCCAGGCACAGGAACCUUCCAAGGAGAGAUGUAGGUUUGAUAAGCUGGAAAGCUUCUGCCAGUCAAUAGGAGAGGACUGUCUAGGCCUGUUCAUCAUCUUUGGUGUGCCGGGGAAGCCAACAGACAUCAGAGGGGUCGUCUUGGACAGCGUCAGGCAGGAUUUGGAGAGGAGCCAGCUGCGUGGAGGGGAGGCUGUGGCUCAGUUUGUCCUGGAGACUAAAGAUUAUGUCCCCAUCCGAGAGCUGCUGGGUAACUGCCUGAGCCAGACAGACAGGCUGAGAGAGGUGGGCAAGGCUUACAUCCGCAUCCUCUGA